CAAAGGAAUGACAAACCUUAUUAAUUUCUUUUAUUUUAAAGUAUUAUAAUUAAAUAAUAAAAAGUACAUAAAUCCAAUUUAACAUACGUUCAACAUGGAAAAAUAUUUAAAUGGUCACAGGCACUACUUGAAGGUCAACAAAGAGAGAGUUGACUAAUAAAUGACUGGAAUUAAAUUCCAUCAUUUUCAUUAACUUUCUCCGAUUAGAUUCUCUCCUCUCUCACUCUCACUGUAUUUCUGCAGCUGCUCCGCGUCUCACUCCACCGCUAACUUUCCCGCAUUUUCUCUCCCCCCCAACAUCGACUCCAACGAGCCUUAGGAGAAUCUUCGAUCAUAUCACUCUUUCGAAUCACAUUCUUUCGUCCUUUUGCAUCCUAACGGAAUUCUCUGCUUCUUUGUUCUUACCCCAUUUCCUCAUACUUUUUCUUCCUAUUUAAACCCUCAAAUCUCCAACCCAAGCCUUUCCUUCCUAAUUCGAUCAAUUUUUCACUUUGAUCACUUCUGCAAUUUCGGCCCUGAGCUUUGAUUCUUUAUUCCUUUCCAAAAGCUGAAAAGAAACGAUAAGAAAAGAAAAAGCUGAUGUGAAGUGUCGAUGAGCUGAGGAAAGUGGGUGAUUUAGGGUUUGCCGGUGUUAAAUGAGGCAAUGUGUGUGUUUGGGGUUAUGUAUAGAAGUACGAGGCAGCAACGGGUAGGGUUUUGUUAGGCAAAGGAAGUUAUUGAAUUCUAGUGGAUAAAAUGACUGCAACCGAACAGUCGAGGCCAGGACCUGUGGAGAGAGACAUUGAGUUGGCUAUCACUGCUCUUAAAAAGGGAGCCCAAUUACUCAAGUAUGGACGGAGAGGGAAACCCAAAUUUUGCCCCUUCAGGCUGGCCAAUGAUGAAUCUGCUCUAAUAUGGUUAUCAGGAAAAGAGGAGAAGCAUCUCAAACUGAGUCAUGUCUCCAGAAUUAUAUCUGGACAACGUACUCCAGUAUUUCAGAGAUAUCCUCGCCCAGAGAAAGAAUACCAGUCAUUUUCUCUUAUAUAUAGUGAUAGGUCUUUAGAUUUGAUAUGCAAGGACAAAGAUGAAGCUGAAGUCUGGAUUACUGGUCUAAAAGCACUAAUAUCACGCAAUCAUCUUAGGAAAGGGAGAGCAGAUUCCAGAAGUGAUGGGAUCUCAUCUGAAGCAACUAGUCCUAGAGCACACACCCAAAGAAGUUCUCCUUUGAGCUCUGCAUUUGGUAGUGGUGACAGUUCACAGAAGGAUGAAAUGGAUCCCCUACGUCUUCGUACUCCAUAUGAUAGUCCUCCUAAAGCUGGUUUAGAAAAGGCAUUUUCUGAUGUUGAAUUGUAUGCUGUCGCUCCCAAAGUCUUAUGUCCAUCUGAAUCUGCUUGUGGCUCAGUUCAUUCUGUGUCAUCAGGAGGCUCAGAAGCAAUAAAUGGGCGUCUAAAGGGUAUGACUGUGGAUGCUUUUAGAGUUAGUUUAUCAAGUGCUGUUAGCUCAUCGAGUCAAGGUUCUGGUCAUGAUGAGAAUGACGCACUAGGGGAUGUUUACAUUUGGGGAGAAGUCACUGGUGAUGGUAUUCUUGGUGGUGGAGUGCAUGGAGUUGGGGGUUCUGGUGUUAAGAUGGAUUCUUUAGUUCCAAAACCCUUGGAAUCUGCAGUCCUAUUGGAUGUUCAGACUAUAGCGUGUGGUCGUCGACAUGCUGCCUUGGUAACAAAACAGGGGGAGGUUUUCUCUUGGGGAGAGGAGCUUGGAGGCAGACUUGGGCAUGGUGUUGACUCUGAUGUAUUGCAUCCAAAGCUUGUAGAUGGUCUAAAAGAUAUCAAUGUUGAACUUGUGGCAUGUGGAGAGUACCAUUCCUGUGCAGUAACACUUUCAGGAGAUUUAUACAUAUGGGGUGGUAGUUCUCAAAAUUUUGGGCUCCUUGGAUAUAGAAAUGAAAAUUGGGUUCCAAAAAAGUUAAAUGGACCUCUAGAGGGAAUACAUGUCUCAUCAGUCUCAUGUGGACCAUGGCACACAGCUGUUGUGACUUCUGCUGGGCAAUUGUUUACUUUUGGAGAUGGAACUUUUGGUGUUUUAGGCCAUGGGGACUGCAAAAGUGUAUCUACACCCAGGGAAGUGGAAUCCCUCAAAGGUCUUCGCACUGUGCGAGCAGCCUGUGGUGUUUGGCACACUGCUGCAGUUGUAGAAGUCAUGGUUGGGUCUUCAAGUUCGAGCAAUUGUUCUUCAGGAAAGCUAUUUACAUGGGGAGAUGGAGAUAAAGGCCGUCUUGGGCAUGGCGACAAAGGACCGAGAUUGGUACCCACUUGCGUUGCUGCUCUUGUUGAACCCAACUUCUGUCAAGUUGCUUGCGGGCACAGCAUGACUGUUGCAUUGACAACUACGGGUCAUGUUUACACAAUGGGAAGCCCUGUAUAUGGUCAGCUUGGGAAUUCUCAAGCAGAUGGCAAGCUCCCUGUUCGUGUUGAAGGAAAGCUUACAAAAAACUUCGUUGAAGAAUUAGCUUGUGGUGCUUAUCAUGUAGCAGUUUUAACUUCAAGAACUGAAGUUUACACAUGGGGAAAAGGUGCCAAUGGUCGAUUAGGUCAUGGUGAUACAGAUGAUAGAAAUUCCCCGACAAUUGUUGAAGCUUUGAGGGACAAACAGGUUAAAAGUGUUGCCUGUGGCACUGGUUUUACUGCAGCUAUCUGUCUUCAUAAGUGGGUAUCUGGUGUUGACCAAUCCAUGUGUUCUGGCUGCCGCCUUCCAUUUAAUUUCAAAAGGAAACGACACAAUUGUUACAAUUGUGGCCUUGUAUUUUGCCAUUCUUGUAGUAGUAAAAAGUCUCUCAAGGCUUCAAUGGCGCCAAAUCCCAACAAACCAUACCGUGUCUGUGAUCAAUGUUUCGGCAAACUUAGGAGGGCCACUGAAGCUGACUCUUCAUCGCAUUCUGCUCUAAGUAGAAGAGGAAGUAUAAAUCAGCGACUAAUUGAAGCUGAAAACAGUGACUAUUUGAAUACAAGGUCACGUGUCCAACUUGGAAGAAAUAAUUCCAUAGAAUCAUCUAAAGAUGUGGAAAAUGAAUCUUUGAAAAGAAACAAGUUGAAUGGUUCUCAGAUUUCUCUCUCUGCAAAUGAUUCUUCUCAGCGGAAUGCAUUUAAUAACUCUAAAUAUUUUGGUUCAUCCAAGAAAUUUUUCUCAGCUUCUCUUCCGGGAUCAAGAAUUAUGUCUCGAGCAACAUCACCAACAUCAAGGCGAUCUAGUCCACCUCGUGCAACAACACCAACCCCAACAAUAUCAGUGCAUGCAUUGCCCAAAACUAUUGUGGAUGACACUAAAAGGUCAAAUGAUAGGCUGAGUGAGGAAGUUGUUAAAUUAAGGGCUCAGGUUGAAGAACUUACUUGCAAAGCUCAACUUCAGGAAGUUGAGCUGGCAAGGACAACCGAACAAUUAAAGGAAGCUAUUGCAGUUGCAGAGGAGGAGACUUCAAAAUGCAAAGCAGCAAAGGAAGUUAUCAAGUCACUUACUGCCCAAUUGAAAGACAUGGCAGAAAGGUUACCUGUUGGAGCAACAAGAAACAGCAGUUCACCUUCCUUUUAUUUUUCUAGUGCCACUCCCCCAAGGGAAGUUUCUUCUGUAAUCAAUGAGCAACUGAGUAGUCCCACAACUUGUCACGAACCAGAUUCAAAUGGAUCAAGCAGCCUGGCAAUUUCUACUGUGUCUGGCACCACUAGCAACCAAACUAUGCAUCACUCUGAAGUGCCACAUUUGGAAGCAACAGCAAAGAGUAAAAACAGAACAGCAAAAGUUGAACCUACCCAUGGGGAUGAAUGGGUUGAGCAGGAUGAACAGGGUGUGUACAUUACCCUUGUUUCCUUGCCUGGAGGUGCUAAAGAUAUUAAGCGUGUUCGUUUCAGGUAUCUCACAAGGCAUGACAAGCUAUCACUGUAUUGUUCACUAAAUCCUUAUUUGUCAAAGCUUUCUCCCAAAAGGCCAGAAGUAUAUUUUCAUUCAAUGGCAACAAAUAUAAUGCUUUUCUUAAGGCCCUUCGCUCUUAAACUAACUACCCCCUCCCUUAACAAAGGGAAAAGAAGAGCUGUAAGAGCAAGCAAUAUGGAACUAACAAUAGGACAUUACCUUACUUUAUUUUUUCCUCAUUUUUUGCCCACCAAUCCCCUUUUUCUAUAAACAAAAACUCGGGGGCUGUGUUGCCAGCAGACAAGCUUGAACCAUUAGGCAUUGUGGUUUGUACAUUUUGAAGCUCCUAUGUAUUGCAUGUUUCCCCCUUGCUAGCAUCUGCAUGUCCUCAAUUACACUGGUGGAAAAUUUCUGAGAAGUGAUCUGAAAUUUCUUUUUUUCUGAUUAAUGCCUUGUUAGAUAUCAUUACCCUCUGGUAUGUUUAUUUUUUGUUUUGCAGCCGAAAGCGAUUCAGUGAGAAACAAGCAGAACAAUGGUGGGCAGCAAACAGAGCAAGAGUAUAUCAACAAUACAAUGUUCCCAUGGUUGAUAAAUCCAUUGUGGGUCCAGGAAGGGAAGGUUUAGCUCAUUGACCUUACAGAGUCAAGAUGCAACUUUGAUGGUACUUGCGAAUGCUAUUGAUUGGAAAUUUCAGGAAUUGGUUUUGAAUUUCUGCUCUCAAGAUUGGAGGAAGCCAAUUUUGUUUUUAGAGGGUAGAGCUAUUGGUGAUCUCUCCCUUUCGACUUUUUUUUUUUUUUUCUCCUAGUAAAUGAUGUAUCCAUAUUUUCAUAAUUUCCUGUAAUUUUUUUCAAAAGGAAACCUGAAAAGUGGUGAGGGUUAUGUAAAUUCUUUGCAAGUAGGUUGCUGGCUUUGAAUUCAAAGCAGCUGCCUUUUGUAUAUUCACGAGGAUGGUCUAAUGGGGAUUCAUAGAGCGAGUACUUCUUUCGUUGUUUAC